AUGAAGUCUAAUGCGGUUGUUUUUGUUUACUUGCAGGAAAUGGUUUACAUUGCAUCUGUUUAUGGAGAAUGGGUGAUAAAGGACAAUUUGUCUUGGCAUUUUGAGGUUGAUUAUCGGAAAGGAGGUAGAAUGUUCUCGUUGAGGGAUGGAUGUACACAUGAUGAGCUCAUUCAAAUGGCUUUAGAGGAUUAUUCGCUAACCAAGAUCGGACACCGUUUGGAAAUAUCAUAUCCAUUACCAGAAGUGUUCACUCAGCAAACGUGUAAUGAUUCUCCGCCCAUGUUUGUCACAAACGACAGACAAGUCGAAAGCUUGAUCGAGCUAAGUAGAAAUCAUGGUGUACGACUUUGUGUCUCUAGCAAAGGGAAGGAUGAAGACAACGUAGAUGGACCUUUGGAUGAAGACUUAGAUGAAAAUCUGGAUGAUGAGUUGAAGGAAGAGUUCGAUGAAGAGUUGGAUGAAGAUUGGAGCGCAGAACGAGAAGAAGUGUCUGAAGAGUCGGGUUGUGAUGAGGAUGAUGUAAGGGAAAAAGCUUAUGAAGGCGAUGAUGACACACACGCGGACUACAGUCAGUAUGGGAAAAUUAAAGAUGAAGACGUUGUCAUUGAUGUUCCUUUCGAUGAUCCCCGCCUUUUAGGGCGUGGUGUGGGUCAUCGUAUAGGAAUUGAUAAUUGGGAAGACAAUAUUUACGAGCACCAGAGCUUUGAUACCAAGGCCCAACUUAUCUCUGAGUUGCGUUUGACCGCGGUGAUGACAAGAUUCUCAUUCAGGAUAGCUGCGUCUACAAGAAAAGUGUUUGUGGCCAAAUGCAAAGUCGCUGGAUGCAAAUGGAGGCUUAGAGCGGCCGUAAAGAACGAACCCUCCACGUUUUGGGUGACAAAGUACGUGAAGUCGCAUACAUGUUCUGUUUCUGAUCGAGUACGUAACCAUAAACGUUGUACAACGAAGUAUAUUGGAAAGCUUUUUCUUGAUCGGACAGGGCUCAUUGAAGGAAUUGUGCCGCAACACAUAAGAGACUCUAUGAGGAGGAUGUUUGGAAUGAAGUUAUGGUCGAGAGUUCAUUUUGAAGGUGAUAGAUACAAUAUAAAGACGAGCAACAUCGCAGAAUCUAUUAACUCGGCUGUCAAGAAAGCAAAAGGAUUACCUAUUCCUCGUCUUUUGGAGUUUAUUAGGGAGAAGCUCGGGAGAUGGUUUAGCAAGAGGCGGGAGGAUGCACUGAGUCUCACAACCACACAGCAGAGGUGUUGA